AUGGGCUUCCUCAAAGGGUUCGGCGGAAUGCAGAAGAGGAUCACUAGAGAUGGGCAACCGGCCAAGAGAAGAGGUCCGAAACCUGACAGUAAACCAGCGCAAACGCGGCGACAGGAGCUCAAUCGGCAAGCUCAAAGAACACACCGUGAACGUAAAGAGAAUUACAUCAAAGCCUUGGAAAUGGAACUUGCACGUCUGCGCGAAGUUUUCGUCUUCGAACAGAAUACGCGAGACGCAACCAUUCAGCAGCAAAAGUUGAUGAUUGAGAAUCAGCAACGAGAGAUACUGGCAUUGAGAGAGGUCCUAACAUCUCGGGGAAUUGCAUUCGAAAACGAACUCGAGAACAGGAAAGCUAUGCUUGCCCUGAAACCGAAGCGAGAGGAAAAUUCCAUGACCCCUCCAUCGCUGAAUACUUUGAGUCCCCCAUCCGUUGGUCCCAGAUCCGUCGGUUAUGGGAGUGCUGUGACGGGGCAUGCUUCCGUGACAAGCGGCUAUUCCCCACAAGCAUACCUGAACGGUGGUGCCUUGAGUGCGUCAGGUCACUCUCCCGGGACAACCCACUACGCCAGUUCGCCUCAAGGACCAGAAAUCCAAGAGUUCGGCAUCAAACAAGAAGAAGGAGCCACACCAGACAUGCCGGGUAUUUUCGAGAGAGAACCCCAGUUGGGCAUUGAUUUCAUCUUGAAGCUGGAGCAGACUUGUCGUGAUCAUGAGGAGUAUCUUGUCCGGCGAUCAGCGGACUCACCCAACAAUGACGAAGAAGCACUAUUUUCCGGCCAUGCCCUGAUGGCCACCUGUCCACCUCCGAGCCAUAUCGCGCGAGUUGCCGCUCAAGAGGGUGGCUUGGUGCCCACAUACGAGCACAAAGUGCCAGAUGCCGAGUCAGUACAAAUUUUGAACAACUUGCUAAAUCUCAGCCAAACGCUCAAAGGCAGCGCAAUCCCCAGCGGCCAGGUGACUCCUAUCAUGGCUUUACAAUCUCUCAAGGGCCAUCGAAACUACACUACUCUUACGAGGGAAGACGUCUUGGGUAUGAUUGAGUCCAUCAGGAGCAAGGUCCGAUGCUAUGGUUUUGGGGCAGUGAUGGAAGAUUUCGAACUCCGGGAUGCUCUCUCGAGUAUCUUUGCAACGAAGCCAGAGACAUAUGAUCAACUAGGCACGGAUUAUUCGGCUGAGAUUGACGAGAUGUACUCAUGA